GCAUGCGCGGAAGCUUAAGGAAGCCACCAUUUUGGAAGGAGGCGAUUUGAGGUUGUUUGGGCUUUUGGCCUUGCUUUGGUGGGGGUGCGUAGUAUCCGUCCCCGCUUGACCUCCGGAAUGUUUGGCGAGCGAGUAGCCGAUUUGAUUUGAGAUGCUUCAUGCUGCGUUUAAGUCAAGAUAUUUUGAAAAUCAGGAUGUCUCAGUAGUUGAGCCCUCUUCUAAAAGGAUGAAAUCUACAGAAGAGCCUUAUGGUAAAUCCUAUGAUGAAUUACAAAGACUUCAUGAGGAAAUACAUAUAAAAAAAACUCAUUCUGGCUUUAUACCAUUGUCGCUAUCUGAUGAUGAUGAUCAAAAGGAGGAAAGAGAAAGAGAAAGAAAUGCAGAAGUAUUAAAUUCAUUUAACCAAGAACCUCUUGGUCAAACACCAAGUUCAACAGAUCUUUCAAGUUUAGUAAACAAAACUAAAAUUAAAGGAAAUGAAUAUUCUUCCGUUACUGACAACAGCAAUAUAACUCAUAAUGGAGAUAACAAUUUCAUUAAUGAACAUAAGAAUAAAGGGGAAAUGGAACUAUACAGCACAAGCAAAGCAUUUAUUGGGCCCAUUUAUAAAAGUGAAAGUAAUUCUGAACAUAAACAAAAGCAAAAGUAUAUUGAAAACAACUGCCCAAAGAGAUCAAAUACUAUUAAUGGUAAAAAGUCUCAGAAAGGAAUAGUGCAAGCUAUCUCCUGUGAUAUGCCAAAAAUAGAAGAUGAAUUGUCACAGUUCUACAGGGAAAUUGAUCAGCUUGAAAGUAAUGAAAGUUGUCCAGAUACUCAUUUACAGGAGACAGAAGCAAAUUCACCUUAUCCAUCUCUGGACUGUAGUAAAUCAAAUCAAGUAAUGUAUGUAAAAUCUCAAGAAUGGUCUCAUAAGAGCAAUGAGGGACAAUAUUUUUAUAAUGAAUCAAAUAGUUAUAGAACUGGCAAAGACAUUUGUAAUGACCCAAAUGGUCACAGAACUGGCAUGGAACAACGUGAACAUGGAAGAGAUGCAUGGGAAAUCGAACAACCAUGUAAUAAACAAGAUUUUAGAUUCUGGAAUGAUUUUGUACCUCAGUUUAGGCAUAGUGGCCCACAGACCCAUCCAUUUGUAAUACCUUACAACCCACCACAUCCAUUUACUGCUCACUUCAAUUUUCAGAACUCUAAUUCCUUAUCACUUUGUUCAGAUGGCUUCAAUUCUUCAAAUACAGAAUUUAAAAAAAAUAACAUGAACAGUUCAGAACGUGAUCAAAGUAAUCCAUACAGUAAUCACUUGAAUAUUCCUAGUAUGAAUAUAAUCAGAAAUGAAUGUAGUGGACCCAACGGAUAUAUGUUUAAUGUUUUCUGUGAAACCCAAGCAAAUUGGAAAAACAGUAAAGCUCACAAUUUUGAGGAGUCAAAUAAUGUUCCCCAGCAGCAUCCUCAGGACAAAUCAUAUGAGUUUAAAAAGCGACUUUUAAUGUUAAGAGGACUUCCAGGCUCUGGAAAGACAACCUUAUCUCAUAUUCUCCGUGGUCAGAGUUAUAAUGGCAUUGUAUUCAGUACUGAUGAUUACUUCCAUCAGAUCAAUGGUUGUUGGAGCUAUAAUGUUUCUCAGCUUGGUACUGCUCAUGAGUGGAAUCAAAAUCGAGCAAAAGAAGCAAUGGAUCUAGGAAGAUCCCCAAUUAUUAUAGACAACACAAAUACACAAGCUUGGGAAAUGAAGCCUUAUGUGAAAGCGGCUCUAGAAAAAGGCUACCAUGUGGAAUUUCAUGAACCAGACACAUGGUGGAAGUUUAAUCCUGAAGAACUAGAAAAGAGGAAUAAACAUGGGGUCAGUCGUGAGAAGAUUGUACAAAUGCUGGAAAGAUAUGAAUAUCAAAUCUCGAUACCCAUUGUCAUGAAUUCAGUGCUUCCUUUUCAUAAAACUUCACAAAGACCAUAUUUACAAAGAAGAGAGAGGGAACUGGUUGUAAAGAGGAAACACAGAUUACACAAGAUAAAACAAAAAAAGAAACGAAGGAAGAACAGAAAAAUAAAAAAUGCUGAUAUUACAUCAGUGGACAUAAGAUCAGAUGGACACUUAAUUCCAAAUGAUGGGGAUUUAUCACAAAGUGAGCAAGAAAAUUCAGAAGACAAUGGACAAUCAGAAUUAGUGAUUGGCUAUUCAGAUGAAGCUAAAAUUGAUAGUGAGAAUGGCUCAAUGAAGUAUAAUCAUGUACAGCUUUCUGAAUUGCAAAAAAAGGAAUUCCUUGAUUCUGUUGUGGUAAAUUCAGCGUCUUUAAAGAAGUCACUAAAAGCAGAUAUUACUGAAGAUGUGUCACUAUCAAUUACUCUAAAUGAAAAUAUAGCUGGCCAAUUAUCCAACUGUCAUUUAUCGAAUGGGAUCAAAAGCAUAUCGCUUGCAGAAAGUGACAGUAACACUUUAGAUUAUUAUCAAAAUUCAUUUCAACAAUCAGAUCAAAAUGAUGCAAAAAAAAUUAUUGUAUUGACUGAUAAAGAAAACAAAAAUACAUCUGCUGAAAACUUGGUCCAAAGAAACCAAAUGUUAAGCAAUGAAGAGGAAACAACUCUUCCACAUCCACAUGGAACUUCAGAAAGUAAUGAAAUGAAUUCCUGGGCUUUCUUUUCCUUUGAUUUGAUUGAUGAACAAUUUCAGAUCAAGACAGAAAAAAAAGAAUCGUGUUUGACUUGGCCUGAGGAUCUAUCUAAAAUCAUGUUUGAGCAAAGAUCAAAAAAGGUCAAAAUGCUUAAGAAGAUGCUUUCAGAUGCAACAACAGAAAUAACUGAUUAUAAUUCUAGUAAAGAAUUGGUGAAAGAAAACAGUGUAAGACUCCUGCCUGAAAAUAGUGAUACAACAAAUAGCCCUUUGUCAUUGCUGAUGGAAAAUAAGAUACGUGAUAAUGCUAGUGAAUUUGUCAGAGAAAGUGGAAAGAAAGCCAGUUUCACAACUAAUGGGUGUAUAUUAGCUUUAUCAAAUAAAAAAGAGAAACAUAAAAGGAUCUUCAAAUUGGCCCCAAACUUUGAUUUACCAUGGCAUAUUCCUCCUAAAAAUAAUCAGAAAGUGCUAAACAAUAUAGAUACAGAGAAAGAAGACAUUUCAAAUGAAGAAAUUAUAGAAAAGAACAAACAAUGCUGUGAACUUCAAGCAUCCAAUUACAAUGCAGUAGUUGAAUUUUCUGAUUUUGAUGUGGAAGUUCCCUUACAAAAUGGUUCCAAACAACUUGCAGAAGAAUCUGUGACUAUUCCAACAAAAGAAUCUGAUACUCCAAUUCAUGAACAUGCUUUUGUUUCCUGUAAAGCUCCCUCACCAAUUGAACAAGAAUUGUUUGAAUGUGAUGAAACAAUAGAAAUUAAAGAAAAGAAAAAGAUACCUCCAGAUACUUCAACUACUCAGCCAGAUAUUUUGCAUUCAAUUAAACUAAUUACUGAAUGCCUUACAAACACUAUGGCUGAACCUUUUGAAAAUAUGGAAGUGAUUAAUGAACGUGAACAAAAAGUACAUUCUCCGAUCAAAGAUGUUCAAGAUUCCCCAUAUACAAAAUCCAGUAAUUGGGAGCUUCCUUUAUCACUAAGAUUUGUACUUCAACUCGUAGAACUUUUCGGUUCUCCAGGAGUUCCAUUAGGUAGUUUAUUACCAGAUGAUUAUGUAGUUCCUCUUGACUGGGCAAUAUCAAAGGAGAUCUAUCUACAGUGGAAGACAUCUGUGGAGAAAAGAAAUAUAAGAUACAUGUACCAUUUCCCUUUAUAUUUUAUUGCAGAAGAAACAGGAAAGUAACCAAUUGAAAGAGAAUUCCUUGCUCGUUGCUGCAGCUGCUCUCCAGGAUUCAAAUAAGGAUGGUCAAGAAAGAAAAUCUUCAGAAAUGCCUUUGGAAGAACCAUCAUUGCUCUGAAAAAUUGUUUCAAGCUAUAUAUCCAAGCAAUAAUGCUAGCUACUCUGAGAUUUUUAUUUAAAAACAAUCAACCUUUUUUGCAGAAAGAAUGUGCUUGCUUUUUGGCUUUUCUUUGGGUGGACUCAAAUUAACAACCAUCUAGAAUAAAAGUAAACAACAGGAAUCAGCAAAAGUACAAAGCAUCAAACUUUUUGAAUCCCUAUCUAAGUCACCUGCUGCUUUUGAAUUUCAUUUUCAAAUAAAAUUGUGAAGAGUGAUUGUCAUUGUUAAAAGGA